CAGCACCAACUCAGCGAGGAAUACUUUACCUUAUGACUUGUAUUACAGAUCAGUGAACUUAUCCAAACGCCAUCACCGAGAACCACGUCUGAGAUCCGGUUGGUGAAGUUAUGCUGCUCUGGCUGUAAAAUAAGCUUGGCGACGUGUAAUUUGGGGUGGCAAUGGCUGAUAGGAAAACCAAUACUGUGCCAAAUUCUAGCGCAAAUUUACUGUUUUCGGCGGCACCGGAGUUCAAUUUCAACCUACCUUUCAUACCUGUCAGUCAGGCCAGUGGUCCGGCGGUGUUAUCAGGAGACGAUUCUGCAGAUGUCGGAGAAGAAGACAGCUUUCUUGGCCAGACCUCUGGAAAUGCCCCAGCACCAUCCACAUUCAGCUACUUCUCCAGUCCCGUGAACAGCAGUGACCCAUUUGCCUCCAUUGGACAUCAGCCGGCAUGUCCACCCCCGGCAUCACUAUCAGUAGCCCCCGUGACAUCUGGACCAACCUCUGUCCCCAUUGUUGCCAGCAUGGCCCCAACACCCCCUAUCCCACUAACCAACCCUAAUGUGCCACAGCCAUUUGGCAAUGUUGUUUACCAGAACCCCAUUGGAAGAUACACUCCUCCCCCUAACACAGUGACCCCGCCCCCUCCACAAGCCCCUGAUCAGAGUUAUAAUCCAUACCGUCACACACCCCUCAGCAGCAGAGCCAAACCCUAUAUGCCAGCUCCAGAGGUCCAGUCACUAUCCAGCCCACCGGUGCAGCAAAAUCCCUACACUAUGGGCUCUCAAGCGCCAACAUUCCAAUCGGCACCAUCCACAUACACAAAGCCCCCUCCCACACAGAUUCAGGGGCCGCCCCCUAUGACCCAUCACUCCACCACUGCUGGAGCACUGGUUCCAGCCAAUCAAAUUAUACAAUAUAACGUGUAUGAGGCUGUCCAGCCUCACUGGUUCUUCUGCAAACAAGUGGAGUCCAAGAGUGUCUGGCUUCCCUUUAGUAUCCUGGACUCCAUUCAACUGGAGGAGAUCUACAAUUCAGUGCAACCAGACCCUGAGAAUGUGAUUGUGUGCACAGAAGGAGGGCGCUAUGACGUGCAGCUCUAUGACCGCAUACGUACAGCUGUAUUCUGGGAGGAGGAACCUACAGAGGUGCGGCGCUGCACCUGGUUCUACAAAGGAGACACAGACAGCCGUUUCAUCCCCUACUCAGAGGAGUUCAGCGAGAAGCUAGAGGGAGAAUAUAAGAAAGCUGUGUCAACCAACCAAUGGCACCGUCGACUGGAAUUCCCAUCGGGGGAAACCAUUGUCAUGCACAAUCCAAAGGUGAUCGUGCAAUUCCAGCCAUCCGCCAUGCCAGACGAGUGGGGUACAACCCAGGAUGGACAGACCAGACCCAGGGUGGUCAAGAGGGGCAUUGAUGAUGACCAUGAUGAAGUUCCCGAUGGGGAGCUCCCUCAGGUGGAUCACCUGGUGUUCAUGGUGCAUGGCAUCGGUCCAGUCUGUGACCUGAGGUUUAGGAGCAUGGUGGAGUGUGUGGAUGACUUCCGGAGUGUUUCCCUGAAGCUGCUGCAGAGUCAUUUUAAGAAGGCGCAGGACGAGUGUGUUAUCAGUCGAGUGGAGUUCCUUCCUGUUCAGUGGCACACGGCCCUGCAUGGGGACGCCACAGGGGUGGACAGGAGGAUAAAGAAGAUCACCCUGCCCAGCACGGGUCGUCUGCGUCACUUCACUAACGAGACCCUCUUAGACGUGCUGUUCUACAACAGUCCCACCUACUGCCAGACCAUCAUGGACACAGUUGCCCUGGAGAUUAACAGGAUCUAUGCUCUGUUCAUGCAGCGGAAUCCAGACUUCACCGGAGGCGUCUCAGUAUCCGGACACAGUUUAGGUUCCCUCAUACUUUUCGACUUGCUGUCAAACCAGAAGAAUGUCUCACCUUUGCAAACCAUGUCAACUGCAAAUGGGGGCCACCCUGCAGGCAACAAACAGCAGGUGGCUCCCCCCGCUGCUGCUACCUCACCUGCUGCUGUGGCGGAGGAGCCUAAGGAGGAAGGGGAGGAGUUUGACGAUCUUUCUGCAUCGCUGGAACAUCUGGGCCUGUCUGAGUACCAGAGCACUUUAGAACAGGAGAGGAUUGACCUGGAAUCUUUUCUUAUGUGCACAGUUGAGGACCUGAAAGAGAUGGGCAUUCCAUUGGGGCCAAGGAAGAAAAUGGCUAAAUUUGUGAAAGAAAGAGCAAUUAAGCAGGCAGCACAAGAUAAGAAGGCAGCAGAAGUGAAGGUGACCAGUCAAGAGGUCGUCCCCGCCCAAUUAAGUGAGUCUCUCCCAGGGCCCGGCACCUCGAAUCUUCCUGUUGGCGGGACUUACUCAUCCGUCCAUGUGGAUUACAACUACUUCAAAGUUGGCACUGGACAGGUGUCGGUGGUGUACCACACUCUGGACUUUGAGCCAGUGAAUUUCUUUGCCCUGGGAUCUCCCAUAGGGAUGUUCCUCACAGUGCGAGGCCUGGAGAAGAUUGAGGAAAACUACCAGCUACCCACCUGCAAGGGAUUCUUCAACAUCUACCACCCGCUGGACCCAGUUGCUUACAGGAUUGAGCCCAUGAUCCUGCUAGACCUGGACUUGAAACCGGUUCUGAUUCCACACCACAAAGGGAGGAAGAGGCUGCAUCUCGAGCUGAAGGAGAGUCUCUCUCGCAUGGGUUCAGACCUGAAGCACGGCUUCAUCAGCUCCCUGAAGAGUGCCUGGCAGACCCUCAACGACUUUGCUCGUGCUCACACCUCCAAUGCCCAGCUGGCAGCCGAGCUCGCUAUGGUGGCCAAUCAGAUCAAGGAGGAGGAGGAGAAGCAUGCACACAGUGAUGUUGCAGAACACAGGAUAGUGGAGAGUCCUGAGCUGCUGAGAGAAGAAGAGCCCCAGGUGAAAAUAGGCAUGCUGAACGGGGGGAACCGCAUCGACUAUGUCCUACAGGAGAAGCCCAUCGAGAGCUUCAACGAGUACCUCUUCGCCCUGCAGAGUCACCUGUGUUACUGGGAGUCUGAAGACACAGCCCUACUACUCCUGAAAGAGAUCUACAAGACCAUGGGGAUAAACCCAGAACAGAUUUUACAUUAAUGCAAUGGAUUGGUAACCUGGUGGGACCACUCUGAUCACUGCGUUCAUUCCGUUUCACUGCACAUAAGUGAAAUAGAAUGGUGAAUGCAGUGAUCAGGCCCGGUUCCACCGGGUUAAUGGAUUGGUUGGAGUGAAAAAUAAACCUUUCUGAAACCCUCAUACUCCCCAUCAGGUUUGUCCAUGUCAAUGCUUUUUGAUUUGAUAUUGUACAUGGUUCUUUGUUUAGUAUUAAUUUUCAUUGAUUUUCUAUUCUCAUAGUCUAUUGUGUGAGGAUGAAUAUGCUUGUAAUAUGCCCUUUGUCUUAAAUUAAGAAAAUAGAUCAAAUUAGUGGAAUCCAAGAACACUUGUUUGAAAUAAACAUUUUAUAACCUAAAUUAUAGAAAUGGUGAGGUUUGCUGAACUAUAUGAAAUUAAACAUUUACCAGAGAAAUCAAAGAAACUGCUAAUUUAAGUAUUUACCUCAAAUGUAUUUUAUGUUUAACAAUAGCCGUAAAAUAAACCAUUUACUUUCACA